GCUUGGACGUGGAUGUUCUUCGUACUUAUCCACACAGCCUUAGUUUUGUCUUCGAGUCGUAUCUUGAAAUGUUCUAUGCUUAACUCUCAGAAUCUCCUUCUUGACUGUCCUUGUCGUACUUAAAAAUUGAACUGAUCAGUGAUGUCUUGCACCAGCAAAAUUUAUGGCAACCUCAUUUCUCCCGCUACAUCUUAGACCGACGUUCCCGCCUGGACCGUAUUUGGUUACCGCACUCGAAGAUUCCCUUGUAGCUUGGCAGGUCUUGACGAAGAUUACUCUUGGCUGAGAAAUAUCCACCAUCUUGUGCUCGGUACUGUUUCAAUAUGACGAUCUUGAGAUUCACUUGUUGGUCAAGACAACGACUUAGGUCGCAGGGAAUUUCUGGUAAUCGAAAAGAUAUAAAAGGUCUCCAAAAUCGCCAGCAUUCUCCAGACAACUCAACCUCGUCUAUCUACUUCAGCUCAUUCAUCACGAUGCGUCUCUCAAUCGCUGCUCUUAUCCCUCUCGCCGCUCUCGCGGUCCCCGCCCUCUCUGCCUCCGUUCAGGCCAGGGAUGACAGUGUCGGUUACAACGGCUACAACGACGGUGGCAGUGGCAGGAACUACGGCAAGGACUAUGGUCACAAUGAUGGUGGCAGCAAGGACUGGGGCAAGAAGGACGAUGACAAGAAAGACGACCGCAAGGACGACCGCAAGAAUGAUGGUGGCAGCAAGGACUUUGGCAGGAAGGAUGACGACAAGGACGACCGCAAGAAUGAUGGCGGCAGCAAGGACUUCGGCAAAGACAAAGACGACAAGGACCACAAGCGCAAGGGCUGCACCUGGGAGCCUGUGUUUGAGCACAAGAAGGACUUCAGGGGAUGGAACAAGGGCAAGUACACCCCCUACGACCACAAGGAUGUCAAGAAGGACUCCUACGAGAUUGACUGCAAGAACCUUUGCGAGAAGGACGACAAGUGCAACUCUUGCCAGGCCUAUUCGAAAGAGGAGAACGAGGAGAAGUUCAUUUGCGAGCUCUUCGAGGAGAUCAUCGACAUCUUGACUUGGGAGGAUGACUGUGAUGAUGACAAGGACCGCAAGGACGACCGCAAGAAUGAUGGUGGCAGCAAGGACUUCGGCAAGGACGGAAAGAAAGAUGACCGCAAGGACGACCGCAAGAAUGAUGGCGGUAGCAGGGACUUCGGCAAGGACGGAAAGAAAGAUGACAAGGACCGCAAGGAUGACCACAAGUAUUACGAUACUUCUUGCUGGAACGCCCACUACAGUUACUAA